AUGGGCUUGGACAAGGUCAAGCACAUUGUGCUAGUCCUUUCAGGCAAAGGCGGCGUUGGCAAGUCCUCGGUUACGACACAAAUCGCGCUUUCGCUAGCCCUCACAGGGCACUCGGUCGGCAUUCUCGACAUUGACCUGACGGGUCCCUCGAUCCCGCGGAUGCUCUCGAUCGAAUCGUCCAAAGUCACACAAGUUCCCGGCGGCUGGGCACCCGUGUGCGUGCAAGCUGCCGACACAGACACCGGGACUGGCGGCCUGUACGCCAUGAGCUUAGGCUUUUUGCUCCCGCAGCGCGGCGACGCGGUGGUGUGGCGCGGGCCGAAAAAGACUGCCAUGAUCCGGCAGUUCUUCAAGGACGUGCUGUGGCCCGAGAUAGACUAUUUACUUAUUGAUACGCCACCAGGAACCUCGGACGAGCACAUUUCGCUGGCGGAGACACUGCAGCGGGACGCGCGCCCAGGUCAGGUGUCGGGGGCGGUGGUGGUGACAACGCCGCAGGCGGUGUCGACGGCCGACGUGCGCAAGGAACUGAACUUUUGCGCCAAGACGAGCAUCAAUGUCCUUGGUGUGGUGGAAAAUAUGAGCGGGUUCGUGUGUCCGCACUGCUCAGAAUGUACAGACAUUUUUGGAUCGGGGGGCGGCAAGGCAAUGGCGGAGGAGUUCAAGGUCCCGUUCCUCGGGGCAGUGCCGAUGGAUGCGCAGUUCAUCACGUUGGUAGAGGAAGGGCGACGGCCGCAGUACCCAGUAGGUACGCACGUGAAUGGGCAGGAUAUCUCAAGCGAGGAGAGAGCCGGUGAUGAUACGGGGCCGCUAAUGGAAAAGUACAAGGACUGUUCGCUGUAUCAUGUGUUCAAGGACAUGGCACUUGAAGCCUAA